AAUGCUAAAUACCAGUGCGUUGGCUCGGUGACGGUGGCUGCUUUCACCUUCCAUCGACUCUACCAGUAGAAAAUAUUGAGGGGAUUCCAAUGGCAGAAGUGAGUCUUGGUAUGCUUAUAGACAUUGUGGACGAGGAGUGGAUGAGGGACACUCUCCCUGAUGAUGAUCUCCCAUUGCCUCCAGUGCUUGCUGUUAGGACUGAUGAUACCGAAGAAACCAAUCAGGAAACUCAGCAAGUAGAUGGAGAAGCUUGGCAUGAUCUUGCACUGGAUACCCAGUAAAAAAUGCCUGUGGAAACUUUUUAAUAGAAACUCCUACUUGCAUCUAUCUCCUUUUAUUGUGUAUGAUCAGAACUUGUAAGCUUUGUAUGUAGACAAUCAUUGCAUCACUUCCAUUAAUAAUCUCUCUUGGAUUUCCCUUUUUGUUGGAUGGAAUAAAUUUGCUUCUUGCUGCUGAAAUGUGACCCUUUUGCUGGUGUG